AUGCCAGCAGCUAUGGAGGCAUCAAGCUCCAAGAAGCGCAAAAGCACCAAAAAUGGCGGUGCCCCGUCCUCCAAGCGCCGCGCAGUAGCCGAGAACGAUGGCUUUGCGCAGUCAUUAUCGACCAUCCAAGAAUUAGAGGAACAGAUUGCGGAGUCGCGCAAAUACUAUAACAACAUUGCAACCUUGAUCUCGAUGCUGAAUGUUGAAACCAAUGCCAAGAAUCCAGAACUCGCUGUCGCCGUCUCAUUAUGCCGGGUGUUCAGUCGAUUGAUGGCCGCGGGCAGCAUGACUGAUUCUAGUCGUGCCGCUGAGAAUGAGAAAAUCGUCGUGGCGUGGCUUAAUGAGCGCUGCCAGGAGUACCAACGAGCAUUGAUCUCGAUCAUGCGCGAGGCUGACACCGCCUCCCAGAUUGCAGCCUUGACACUGGGCAUGCGCUUGGUAAAGGAACGUACCACCCAUAUUCCCGGACAAGAAACCUUGGCCUGGUCUACCCUGUUCAAAGAAAUUUUGGAAGCGGUUGUCGAGGCCCGGGAUAGCGAGGACUUACGGACCGAAUUUAUCACCAAAUUCGCCAAGGAAUACGAGGACGUCAGAUUCCAUACCUUUUCACAAAUAGAGAUUUAUGCUUCAUCGCGCCAAAAGUCGGACGUUAUCGACGCCUUGAUUGCCAUCCUUUCUGCCUGCGACGAUGUCCCAGAAGCCGGAUAUGAAAUUGACGACGAAGAGUUCUUUGCGAAACCGGAACCGGACAAUAAGCGAAUUCGGUCUAUCAGCGGCCACAAGAAGCGAGCACAAGAGGCGUGGUUGGCCAUUCUGCGAAAUAAUCUUUCACAGACGCAGCGAAAGACCCUCCUGCGUAUCAUGACGCAUAAUAUUGAGCCUUGGUUUACCCGGCCUGAGCUCUUGAUGGACUUCUUGACUGACUCGUACAAUGAGGGCGGUUCUAUCUCCCUCCUCGCUCUCUCCGGUCUUUUCUAUCUCAUCCAGGAGAAGAAUCUGGACUACCCGCAAUUCUACACUAAACUCUACUCCCUCCUCGACGCGGAACUCCUACACUCGAAGCAUCGAUCACGGUUCUUUCGCCUCCUUAACACCUUUCUUGCCUCUACCCAUCUCCCUGCGACACUCGUUGCAAGCUUCAUCAAGCGUCUCUCCCGCCUCGCACUUAAUGCUCCCCCGUCGGCUAUUGUUGUCAUUGUCCCUUUCAUGUACAAUCUCUUCAAGAGCCACCCCACGUGCACCUUCAUGAUGCAUCGUGCUAUCCGCGAUAAGGAUUUAGCUGCAGAGAUUGAGGCUGAAGGCAUGGAUGACCCCUUCAACCCGUUCGAGCUAGACCCUACCCGCACCCACGCGAUCGAGAGCAGUCUUUGGGAAAUCCAGGCUCUCCAGUCUCACUACCACCCAAAUGUUGCUGCUAUUGCACGCAUCAUCUCCGAGCAGUUCACCAAACAAGCCUACAACCUUGAAGAUUUCCUUGAUCACACCUACCAGGGAAUGGUUCAAUCAGAACUUGGAACCGGGGAGAGACCCAUGAAGAAGACACCUGUUGUGGAGUAUCAGAUUCCCAAGCGUAUCUUCACCGAUCGCUUGUUGGCGGAGGAUGGCGGUGUGGACUCCGGCGCAGGAUGUUUCCUGCGUGGGCUGUGGGACUUUUAA